AAAUGUUGCUUUGGCUGUCCGGGCAUGCUGGGAGUUGUAGUUUUGCAACAGUUGGAGGCACGCUUGUUGGGAAACACUGCUUUAAGGCAGUAGCUAUGAUUAAUUUCUGCCAUAGUCCGGUUUCCUCGGUGAAGCAGCUUUGUCGGUGGAAAUGACAUCUGCAUUGAUAGGGAGCCGAGCCCACAACCGGGGCACACCCUGCAGCUGAUGUGUGAGGAGGAGCCGCAGCAAUGCAGCUCUCUGUAUACUGUGUGCAUCAGCGCAGGAAGCUUUAUACCUGCAGCCGGGACUCUCUGUAGUGCUCUGUAUGGUGGAUGUCCAUCCGGAGAUAAGAGGGUGCCAACAGGAUGAUUGGCGCAGCUGCCAGAGUGGCCCAUGACAGGGCGAUAGCCAAUGGCUACGGCACCAAUGAGAAGGCCAUCAAAUACCUGAACCAGGACUAUGAGGCUCUGCGGGACGAAUGUCUGCAGUCGGGGACCCUCUUUAAGGACACCUACUUUCCUGCCAUCCAUUCUUCCUUGGGGUUCAACGAACUGGGGCAGAACUCGUCUAAAGUUCAGGGAGUGGUGUGGAAGAGACCCACGGAGCUUUGUUCGGACCCACAGUUCAUCGCAGGAGGAGCCACGAGAACGGAUAUUUGUCAAGGAGCGCUGGGUGACUGCUGGCUUCUGGCAGCCAUCGCUUCUCUGACGCUCAAUGAGAAUAUCCUGUCCCGUGUUGUCCCUAAAGACCAGAGUUUCCAGGAGAACUACGCGGGUAUAUUCCACUUUCAGUUCUGGCAGUUCGGAGAAUGGGUGGAUGUGGUGAUAGACGAUCGGCUGCCGACCAAAAACAAUGAGCUUGUGUUUGUUCAUUCUGCCGAAGGGACUGAAUUUUGGAGCGCGCUGAUGGAAAAGGCCUAUGCCAAGUUGAAUGGAUCUUAUGAAGCUUUAUCUGGUGGCACCACCACUGAAGGUUUCGAAGACUUCACCGGAGGCCUGGCCGAGUGGUACGAACUGAAGAAGGCUCCAGACAACCUAUUCAAGAUCAUACAGAAGGCGCUCAAGACCGGCUCUCUUCUGGGCUGCUCCAUAGAUAUCACAAGUGCAGCCGAGACAGAAGCGAUCACCUACCAGAAGCUGGUGAAGGGCCAUGCCUACUCCGUGACCGCCGCAGAAGAGGUAAGCUACAGGGGCAGCCAGGAAAAACUCAUCCGGAUUCGAAAUCCCUGGGGAGAGGUGGAGUGGACCGGAGCGUGGAGCGAUAACUCUAAUGAAUGGAAUAACGUGGAUCCCGAUGAAAGAGACCGACUGAUCAAACGCUGUGACGAUGGAGAGUUCUGGAUGUCUUACAAUGAUUUCUUAAGACAAUACUCAAGGUUGGAAAUUUGCAAUCUCACCCCAGAUACCCUGGCGUCAGACAAAUACAAGAAGUGGAGCCUGGUAAAGAUGGACGGCAUGUGGAGGCGCGGCUCUACCGCUGGAGGAUGCCGGAACUUUCCAGACACCUUCUGGAUGAACCCACAGUACCUGAUAAAGCUGAAUGAGGAAGACGAUGAUCCAGAUGAUGGGGAGGAAGGCUGCACCUUCAUAGUGGGCCUGAUGCAGAAGAACCGCAGGAAGGCGAGGAAGGUUGGCGAGGACAUGCACACCAUUGGAUUUGCAAUCUAUGAGGUUCCCCCACAGCUGCAGGGUCAGACCAGUGUUCACUUGAGCAGAGAUUUCUUCAUGAGGAACAAGGCGCGAGAUCGAUCGGAUAAUUUCAUAAACCUACGGGAAGUCCUCAAUAGAUUCCGCCUCCCCCCGGGAGAAUACUUCAUCGUCCCUUCAACAUUUGAGCCUCACAAAGUUGGAGACUUCUGUCUUCGUGUCUUUUCCGAAAAGAAUGCAGAGACUCAGGUUGUGGAUGAUGACAAUGAUGCCAACAUUGAUGAGCCUGACCUUGAAGAAGAUCAUAUUGAUCCUAAUUUCAGGAGACUGUUUUUGCAACUGGCUGGAGAGGAUGCAGAGAUCUCCGCGUUUGAACUUUAUAACAUUCUGCAGAAAGUUCUAUCCAGACAGUCGGACAUCAAGUCUGACGGCUUCAGCUUAGAGACCUGCAGGACCAUCGUAGAUCUACUGGACUCUGAUGGAACCGGCAAACUGGGACUGAAGGAAUUUAAUAUAUUGUGGUCGAAAUUACAGAAAUACCAGAAUAUUUAUCGUAGUGUGGAUGUGGAUCGCUCGGGGACCAUGAAUGCCUACGAGAUGAGGAAGGCUCUAGAGAAAGCAGGGUUUAAGCUGAGUUCUCAGAUCCAUCAGCUGCUGGUGGCGCGUUACGCCGAUGACAACCUCUGCCUUGACUUUGAUAACUUUGUGCGGUGUCUUCUUCGAUUGGAGAUUAUGUUUAAAAUUUUCAAACAAAUGGACACAGAAGGCAGCGGGGUGGUGCCUCUCAGUAUGGAGUCUUGGAUGACGGUCACAGUAAUGUGAGGAGGAGGAGGAGACCGGGGAAGGCGCUGCGCACGACCAUGACCUGAUUGUACGAUAUUAAUGCAAUGUGACUUGUAACAGCCAAUCAGCUUGCAGCAGCCAUUUUUUUUAAAAUAUAUUUUGGUGUAGAAUAAAAGGGGAUCCUGAUUGUUUGAUAUGGGUCACGGCAGAUUUUUGCUUUAUAUAUUCUAGUUUUUUUUAUUUUUAAUAAGACUUGAGAGUUAGAUCUAGUACCCGGGUGCCUUUAUCCUUAAAUAAAUGUCUUAAAAUAUUUUUACUGUUGGGGCGCAUUCACACCUACCGUAUCCACUGCCGCAGAUUCCAUGCUGGGGUCAAAUAUUUUAUUCUGCAUUGAUUUACCAGUAUGUGUGAAUGUUUCCUUUAAAGCAAUGGUCUCCAAACUGUGGUCCUCCAGAUGUUGCAAAACUACAACUCCCGGCAUCCCUGGACAGCCAACAUGCUGGGAGUUGUAGUUUUGCAUCAUCUGGAGGCCCAUAGUAGGUUUGUCUAAGAAUAAAAAUGUUUUUUCUUUUUUUUUCUCUCCCCAGAAACAGCGCCACUCUUGUCAAUGGGUUGUGCCUGCUAUUCAUGUAAAUGCUGCAAUACCAGACACAGCCAUAAACAGGAGUGGUGCUAUUUUUAUUUUUUUUUCUAAUCCCAGACAACCCCUUUAGAGGAGCCAAACCUCCUUUUUCCAUUGAUUGUAGGUAUACAGGACAGAGCUGUAGUGUUGUUACUAUGUCCAAGGAACCACCUCAUUGCCUUCCACCAAAAUGCCUUGAGCUCUGCCCACAAAAUGAUGAGGGAGUAGAUGCCAAAUGACACCUCCUGCACAAAGCGACAAAUAUUAUCCACGUAUGGCGCUACAAGCCUACUCACCUGAGUGAGCGGAGGUGUCUCGAAAGUAUUUUUAAAUAACAGAUAUAUGAAUAUUGAGCUCCCUCUAGUGGUGGGUGUUGGUAGCUAGAGAUGAGCGAACUUACAGUAAAUUCGAUUCGUCACAAACUUCUC